AUGGAUAAACGAAAUGUUUCUAACAAGGCCAGUCUAGUCGAGCCAAUCAUCCGUCACCGAGUCCAGGACUCAUUGUUUUACAAGCAAUAUCUACAUCUCACAAACGAACAAACCAUCCUAUCAGUGAUUGCGGAGCACGUACAUUUCAUCGGAGGUACAGAUUCAAACAACAGACCUAGUCCCUUUUUAUGCUCAUUAGUGAGGCUUUUGGAAAUUGAACCUUCUAAAGAAAUAUUGGAGUUAUAUCUUACGCAGAAUGGAUACAAUGAGUUUAAGUACUUAACCGCCAUGACGCUUCUAUAUUGCCGAAUGGUCACGGGCAGCACGUUUUUCAGUUUCUUCGAUCGAUACAUAACGGAUUAUCGCAAACUACGCUUUCAAGACAAAAGCUUUCGCCUUGUUGAUGGAGUGCCAAUACACUACUCUAUCAAAUGCAUGGACGAAUGGGUUGACGAUCUUGUGGAACAAGAACGCAUAGUCGACAUCAAAAUUCCGUAUUUGGCACCUCGACUGUUCUAUGUUGAGCGAGGAGAGGUCUCAGAGAGGGUGUAUGGUGUCGCUGACGAGGAUUCGAAUCCACCAGAAAAUGAAAGCGCAGCCAGUAGCGAGUACGAGAGUGACAGUGAUUAG